UCCGUUUGUUGCCUGACUGACUGGCAGUGGCGAGACGAAGCCGAGGAGAGAGAGAGAGAGAGAGAGAGAGAGAGAGGAGGAACAUGAAGAAAAUUACAUUAACAAACGAUGCGUUUGGAAUUUCCGUAUCUUAAAAACAGAACAGGAAACGGUGUUCUUCAGUGAGAGGUAGAGCUGCUUUGUUAGCCUGCCUGUCUCAGUCCAGUCAGAGGUCCAAUCAGAUUUCUCGGACCACCGCUCCACCAGGCCUAUCAGACCGCUGGGAAUGACUGCACCUUCACAACCUCACCAGGAGUGGGCGCUGGAGGACAACGCCCACAUCAACCAGGAGCAUCUCCCAUCCUUUAGCUGGGAGUGUCUUCUUUGUUUGUGUGAGCCUGCGAGUCCAGUUCUGGGUUGAGAUGCAGCUUUGUUGCUGGUGAUUGGAGAAGAGGGAGAGCUUGCCAAACCCAGACCACCAGGAGAGGAGAGACCGUGAAGACCCGUACCAGACCAGUUCACCAGAUCUUUACUCUCACUAUUGCUGGCUUAAUUAGUAAUCAUCAGCCAUAGGUCCAUAGGCUAAAUAUAAAUGAUAUGCAGACACACUUUCAGGACUAGCCCUGCUCAGUGUGAGGUGCUCUGUUCCCCUCCACGACCCUUCCGGUCUGGUGGAAGUUUUGUCGGCUCUGAGGACUGCAUGGCAGUGGAGUAAUCGUGGAGAAGCCGGGGUACCACAAGCUUAUGGACUUUGACAAGAGAGGAGGAGGAAAGGGGGAGGCAGAGGAAGGGAAGAGGAUGUCGAAGACUGGAGGGAGCCGGUCGGGGCAUGGCAGUCGCAGCUCGGGGAGCAACUCUGGGGUGCUCAUGGUGGGCCCUAACUUCCGGGUCGGGAAGAAGAUCGGCUGUGGGAACUUUGGAGAGCUUCGCCUGGGGAAGAACCUGUACACUAAUGAAUAUGUGGCCAUCAAACUGGAGCCCAUCAAGUCCCGGGCCCCACAGCUUCACCUGGAGUACAGGUUUUAUAAACAGCUGGGGAGUUCAGAGGGCGUCCCCCAGGUGUUCUACUUUGGGCCCUGUGGGAAGUAUAAUGCCAUGGUUCUGGAGUUACUGGGUCCUAGUCUGGAAGACCUGUUUGAUCUGUGUGACAGAACCUUCUCCCUCAAGACCGUCCUCAUGAUCGCCAUUCAGCUGAUCACGCGGAUGGAGUUUGUCCAAACCAGGAGUCUGAUCUACCGGGACGUGAAGCCAGAGAACUUCCUGGUUGGCCGGCCCGGCAGCAAGCGGCAGCACACCAUCCACAUCAUCGACUUCGGCCUGGCCAAAGAGUACAUCGACCCAGAGACCAAGAAACACAUCCCCUACAGGGAGCACAAGAGCCUGACUGGCACCGCACGCUACAUGAGCAUCAAUACUCACCUGGGCAAAGAACAAAGCAGGAGAGACGACCUGGAAGCUCUGGGUCACAUGUUCAUGUACUUCCUCCGAGGCAGUCUGCCCUGGCAAGGCCUGAAGGCAGACACUCUGAAGGAGCGCUAUCAGAAGAUAGGGGACACCAAGAGAGCCACGCCCAUCGAGGUGCUGUGUGAGAGCUUCCCAGAAGAGAUGGCCACCUACCUGCGUUAUGUGCGGCGGCUGGACUUCUUUGAGAAGCCGGACUACGACUACUUACGGAAACUCUUCACCGACCUCUUCGACAGGAACGGCUACAUCUUUGACUACGAGUACGACUGGGUCGGCAAGCCACUGCCCACUCCCAUUGGUCCAGUCCCCAGUGAGACCCUCCUACAGUCCAGCAGCAGAGACAAGGCAGCGCAGCAGACCAAAAACCAGUCGCCAGAACCCAACGGAAGUGAGUCCCAGCCCACUCCAGUGACCAAUAGGGAGCUGCUGGGGUCCCAUCUAACAGCUGAUAGGCUGGGGGGCUCCGUCCAGGUGAUGAGUUCAACCAAUGGGGAGCUGAAUACAGACGAUCCAACGGCGGGCCACUCCAACGCCCCCAUCACCGCCCCGGCCGAGGUGGAGGUGGCCGACGACACAAAGUGCUGCUGUUUCUUUAAGAGGAGGAAGAGGACAGGCCUCCAGAGACACUAGUGAGGAGGACAGGCCUCCAGAGACACUAGUGAGGAGGACAGGCCUCCAGAGACACUAGUGAGGAGGACAGGCCUCCAGAGACACUAGUGAGGAGGACAGGCCUCCAGAGACACUAGUGAAGAGGACAGGCCUCCAGAGACACUAGUGAGGGGGACAGGCCUCCAGAGACACUAGUGAAGAGGACAGGCCUCCAGAGACACUAGUGAAGAGGACAGGCCU